AUGUGCUCUGAGACCAACGGACAAGAUCUGGUUGCUCCUAUACUGAGUGUGGAGCCAGAGAUCAUCACGAAAACAGGAUCAGUGCGUUUGAACUGUCAGACUCCUGUUCCUGUGACUGAAUGCUUCUACAGUUUUGGAAAACUUCCCUCCAAAAACAUGCCCUGUCGUCACAGUCUGAACGGGAGUGCACUUUUGUCAUUAUUGAGCAGAGUCUCUCCUGGUGAAGUCAGUGUGGCUUGUUUUUAUCUCAACCUCACUGCCUCUCCACAAAGUGAGAGCAAAGUCAUCCAUGUACAAGAUCUUGGCCCGCCCACAUUGUCUGUGUAUCCACCAGUGAUCACAGAAUAUACCACUGUGACCCUGUACUGCCAGCCGCCCCAUUACGUCUCUGCAUCCCGCUGCUCUUUCUACUCUCUGAGUGGACUGAAGUUUGGGGGGUCUUCAUGUGUCCAGACUCUGAGAGGGUCUGAUCUGCUGAAAAAACGGCACCCCCCAGUUGAAGAGCAGAUCAAAUGUUACUACUUUGAAAAUGAAAGUCCAUCUCCACAUAGCAACAAAACAACUGUGGCUGUUAAAGGAAUCUGCUCAUUCAACCUCUUCGCCAAGCAAAACGAGUUCUGUCACUGUGCAAAGAACUACAUCCGCCACCACCACCACAACAACAACAACGUUCCAAACAACAGCACAUUUAUUGAGCUCUGGAACAACAACAAGCCAAGAGACAACCAUGAGCCUAAAUCCUGUAGAAAAUGUGACUGCGAAGACUCCCACCUCAGGUAG